GAGUCACUCGACAAAAAAAUUACAGCGCAGCUCGCUCAACAAUUGAAAGAGAGGAAGCAAGCGAAGGGCCAAAGACUUAUUCAAGCUCCAGCGCUCGACACAGAAAUCAGCUGCGCACCAAAACAAACGACGAAAGCAGGUCGAACCCGAGACCCUGGCACCCGUUUGAUGCCCUGAAACCAGGGAACAGGGCAAAGCUAAAAUGUGGCAGAAUCUGGAGCCGGGCAGUUCGCCCAUCGACUGGUGCGAGAACAAUUACACCUUCAGCCCUUUGAUCGCCGAGUUCACCAACACGUUGAGCAACAUUCUGUUCUUCCUGAUGCCACCGGUACUAAUCCAUUUAUUCCGAGAGUACGGACGCUUCGUCAACCCUGGCAUUCACAUAAUUUGGAUUUUGCUCAUGGUCGUCGGACUUUGCUCGGCCUAUUUCCACGCGACUCUCAGUUUCAUCGGCCAGCUUCUGGACGAGCUCGCCAUCCUUUGGGUGUUGGCGGCUGCGCUUGCCAUGUUUUUCCCCAGGCGCCACUUUCCUGCCAUUUUAAAAAACGACAGGCGCAAAUUUGGGUAUGUGACUAUUUCCUUGGCCAUGGUCGCCACAGGACUGGCCUUUCUCUACCCAUUCGCAAAUGCCUUCGCCCUGAUGGGUUUCAGUAUUUUGGUGGUUGUCUUGAUGGCUACAGAAUUACGAAGGAAUCAAGAUGCAAGAGUGCAGCGUCUGGGCAACCGUUGCGCCAUUGCUUGGGUCGUGGCCGCCGUUCUGUGGACCACGGACCGCAUGUUCUGCUCAACUUGGCUCUCCCUCGACUUCCCCUACCUACACGCCCUGUUCCACAUUUGCAUUUUCAUCGUGUCCUACACGGCCUGCGUUCUGUUUGCCUUUUUCGCGGUCAAAGAUGAGCGACCUGAUCUCAGCCCCACCCUCAAAUACUGGCCCAGGGACCACUUCGAGCUCGGAGUUCCGUAUGUCACAGUCAAGAAUGGCGGACACCAAAUUUAGGGUCAAGGAAGAGACACUGCCUCCUCGAGUGUUUAGUACAGGCCUCGUUGUUAUCUCAGGAGAAAAUUGAAGAUCACUUUUUAAGACAAAAGCGUCAAAGAUUUCUCGUAACAGUUUAAGGCUUUUGUAGGUCGAAUAGAAUUGUUGGUUUUAAAACUGCCACAAUAUCAAUCAUUGCCAAAAAAGACCAGCAGAAUAUUAGCUCAAAAGUUUAAAAAUGUACUUUGCAAGAUUUCAGAUGAUAAUAUUUGUAACAAAUUGUAUUUGCAAGCUUUUAACUGUAUGCAGUAUUUUUAGCAAUUUUACAUGCUGUCUAGAGCUAUAUUUAUAAAAUGAAAAUUCUGCAUUACCUAAGUAGUGAUAGUCGUGAUAAAAUACAGAGUAACUGACUUUAUUAUAAUGUGAUUGAGUUGUGGAUUAAAUGUGAUUUGGAGAAUAAGUCGAAAUUAUGAACAAGGUGAUUGUCGAGCAAGCUAUAUAUUAUACACAAUUAAUACAAGCUAACUUUUGUUGUGAAAGAUUUAAAUUUUAGAUCAAAAUGAUCAAGAUGUGCACAAUUAAAGUAUUAUCAAUUAAUGUUAACCCAAGUGGAUCAGAAAAGACAAAAUUUAAGCAUUUAUUUGAGAUUUGAUUUUUGUGUUUAUCUUUUUUUUGGUCACUUUUUUUGAAUGCGCAUUAGUGAGAUCAAAACUCUAUUGUAAAUAUUUUUUAAUUUCCUUUUCCUAUUUUGCCUGUCGGCACUUUUGUAAAUCUCAGCUUAUUCAAGCAUGAAAAUUGGCAUCUUUAAAAUUAUUUGUUACCAAAUUUGACUUGAUAAGCUCAGCUAUUAUGCUACAAAGUGCAGAGUAAAAUUACUGAAAAUUAGAGCAGCGCUUCACAAAAAUAAAUGAGAUGCAAUUAAAUAAUA